AUGACGUUAUUGCCUGGGGAAGGGUCCAUGGCGUCGGACGGUGCUUUGGAGGGAGGGCCUGUACGGUUGAAAGAAGCGCCGUCCGGUUUAGCCCUGCUCCUCCAGGAGCCCUCGACCUCACCUUCGAUGCAGGGGCCGGCUCUGCUGAGUAGCGCGUCUGCGUCGUCCGCUCAUCUGCUUGAAUUGGCGGGUGAUUCUGUAUCACAGAGGGUGGUGAAUCAGGUGCUGGCUGUGACUGACAGCACCAGGCAGCAGUGGCAUCAGUCGAGGAUCAACUUUCCUGUCUUGAAGCAAGAGUUGCAGAUCAUCUUAGACGAGGAGCGGUUUUCUGAGACACAAGGGGAGGCAAAGGCAUGGGCGUUCCCCCUUGACUUGCAGUCCAUGGGGCGGUUAGGGGUUGCCGAGGCAGUCUACAUGGACGUCAAGAGCGCAAGCGGGGACUGCAAGUUUGACAGCACACAGCUGCGGUUGGAGAGCCAGAGCAACUUCAGCAGCCUGAGGACCAAUUGUUGCGUGUUCAAGGGCAGCUGGAUGUACGAGGCCACCUUGAUAACCGCAGGUAUUCAACAGAUCGGAUGGGCCACCCUGCGCUGCCCGUUCACAAACGAGGAAGGCGUGGGAGACGCCCCUGACAGCUUUGCGUACGACGGCAAGCGUGUCAGGAAGUGGAGCGUCAAUUGUCAGCAGUAUGGCCAGCCGUGGGUCCCAGGGGACGUAGUGGGGUGCUGCAUAGAUCUGGAGAAGGGAGAGGUGUCGUUCUCGAGGAACGGAAUCUCUCUUGGUGUUGCCUACAAAGGCAUUAAGAGGUUGGCCCCAGGCGCGGCCUACUUCCCCGCCGUCUCGCUGUCUCACGGGGAGGCAUGCGAGCUCAACUUUGGCGCCAAGCCGUUCGCCUAUCCAGUAGCCGAUUUCCUGCCCCUACAACCGCCUCCCCGAGUUCGGGCCAAGCGCACCGUUCUCAUCCCCCCCACUCAGAAGCCUUUGGUGGAGUCCCCAGACAGCCACUCCCCUGUGACCACCCCUCAAACUGAGGGCGGCACAAGCGGCCCCAUCGCAGUACCCACCCCAAAGCAGCCGCUGAACGCAGUUUCCCCUCCCCCGCUCUCGUUGCCCUUCUCGUCCGUCCCCGACAGAUCUCCGUGGCAGGGCCCCGUAGAGAUGGACUCAGACAGUCCGGAGCCCCUGCCAAACCUCACCCCCGUCUCCUCCCCGAAAGAUGAGGGGAUCCCCUCCGAGCCAAGCAAGUCGAGCAAGCCAUUGACCCUGCCGGAGAUCCUGGCCGCCCCCCGCGCCAAGUACCUUCUGAAGUGCCUCCAGCGGUUGAUCGAAAUUCAACCCCCCUCGUUGCGCGGCGGGCGCGCCCCCCUCCGCCCCCAUGACACUCUCCUCUUCGCCUCCUUGCUUGUGGAGCAGCUCGCGCCGCUGCUCUUGGCGACCGUUCCCAGCCAACCCCCCCGUGUGAAACCCACCCGGCUGAAGCAGCCGAAGCAGCAGCCGUCGGUGCCGUUCUUUGUCGUGUGGGACGCGCUCGUGCCGUGGCUGGUCCAGCUCGCAGAGUCCAAGCCUCAGACGCUCGACAAGGCGCUCGAAGUCCUGCUUCUCUGCUUGGAGCCGCACGAACUGGCGCUCGUCAUUCCGGAGAUCAUGGCGGCGCUCGCGUACGGGUGUCGGACGGCCGUGGUCGCGUCCGAACGGUUGCCGCACACGGGGGGGUAUCCGUACCUGAAGCUGGCGUGCGCGCUGGCGGCGCGGAAAAAAGUGCUCGAUUGUUGGUGGCGUAGCUGGGGCUUCGAGGAGUCGCUCGAGGGGCUGCUGACCAAGAAAGCCGUCAAUAAGAAUGACCUCGCGGAGCUGCUGCCGCAGGUCUGGUGGCCCACUUACCGAGACUUCCCGAGCACCGAGGCCGCCUUCAAGGCCGCAACCAAGUCCCUCAUGGUUGCCGUCGAUAAGAUCGAAGAGUUGCAGGUGCGGCUGUGCGUUAGCCUCCUCGACUUUACGCCCUCCCCGCCACGUCCCCCUCCAACUUCGGAACCGGCGGGGCCGUCCCGGAAGCAAGAAAGCGGCGAUGCCCAGGACAAUGUGUCUCGGAUCCAAAGUGGGCAGGCAGAGCUCAACUUCGGGACUAUGUCUACGAUGAGUCAGUCUUGGCAGAAUCUCGCACAGGCAGUCGGCAGCAGUGGGCUUGCGGGUGUGGCACGGGGGGAAGGGGUCGGGGAGCUCGGAAGAGAGACCGGUUCGCAGCGACAGGACGAGGGGACUAGCGGCCGCGGGGUCGAAGAAACGGACGCGGGCGCGUUGCGGGAAAGGCGGGCUGGGCCCGAGGGGGGGCCGUCAACGAGCGCCGGUGUGGCGGAAGGGAGCGCGUCGGUUCCGAGGGGCAAGAGAACGCAGGGCGGCGGCAGUUGGCAGUCUGCGGCUCCAACGCGAGAGCCGAUGCUGAGGGGGGGCGCUUUCAAGCAUUUUCUCUUGUGGCUGCUAAAGAAGAACAAGGGGCUGCACCGGAAUGUGCCCCCCCCCGGACUGUCGGACAAUUCUGUACUCGUGUCAGUGUACUUUGCUUUGUUGCGGAUUUUAUUCGAGGGGAGCGACGCUGUGAGGGCGCUAGGGGAAGGGGAGAGUGCGGAGAGGGAGCGAAACGGGCUGCUGAGUCGCGGAGGGGUGCGGUCGUUUCCUGUAAAACUGUUUUUGCGGUCGGACGGGCAUAUUGCGGACCUGUCUCGGCUGGGGGGCCUUUACAGCCACUUGUCGAAGGAAGUUCCUUGGGGGAAGUCAGACGCGCGCGAGAUUUCGUGGGUGGAGAAAAACGGAGAGGUCGUUCCUCAGGGAGAGGAUGCGCAACCGGUGCCAUCCGAAGCCAGCGGAAGCGCAACGGCGUCGCCGUCAGAUGCGAUGGAAACCGACGAGCGGGCCGGCCCGCUGGCCAGCAGCGGCUCGCACGCCAGCCCGGCCGGCCCCGCUGACGUCAGCGCCACGUCAUCGAGCGGGGCCGCCCCCGGAGCGUCGGCGGUGCGCGAGGCGGAGCUCCUGGACGUGCUGAUCGUGCUGUACAAUAUGGGGAUCGCGAGCAACUUCAAGCAGGCCAGCCACUUUCUGCAGAACCAGAUGCACAACAUCGCGCAGCUGGACGAGACGGACCGCCAGCUGGCGGCGGCGCGCCCGGACCAGCAGCGGACGCUGCGCGACGUGCGGGCCGUGUUUGUGGACGACGUGGCGGAGAACGCACGCUGGUCGGCGUGGUCGCGCGUGACUCUGUCCAGUUCGUGGAAGCAGGAGGCCAUGUAUGCGGCAUGCGCCUGGGUGGUGCAGAUGCUGCUGGCGGCCAGCAAGCGGGGCACCGUCUUCAGCUAUGUGCCCGAGGUCUACGUCGAGUCCCUGGUGGACUCGUUCCACGCCAUCCGCCGCAGCGACCCGCCCUUCCUUCCCCCCCUCGGGCUGCUCCAGAACGGGCUCCCCCCUCUAGUUACAUUCCUGGUGACGCACUUUACGGACGCCCGCAUUGCCAACCCGGACGUCCGAGACGUAUUGCUGCAGUCCAUCAGCGUGCUUCUAAAUUACAAGGAGUACGUGGCGGCCUUCGAGCGCAACCGCGCCGCGCGCGAGAGCCUCAUCCCGGCCCUGCUGCACUCGUUCGACAACCGCUUCUGGAUCCCAAUCUCCAAUAUCCUGCUGCGAAUGGUCAAGGGCUCCGGGUUUGGCGCGUCGCGGCCGUCGCACCAGGGGCUGGAGUCGCAGGUGUUCCAGUGGCUGAUCAAGGACACGAUCGCCGCAGACGACGCGCUGGCCAGCUCCUUCCUCAACCGGCUGUUUAACAUGCUCAACUGGACCGUCACCGAGUUCAGCGUCGCCAUGAAGGAGAUGCAGGACCUGCUCGCGCGCCGCCAGGUCCCCGAGCUGCAGCAGCGCAAGUGCGCCAUCAUGUUUGAGCUGAGCUGCAAUCUGGAGCGCAUCCUGGAGUUCCUCUCGCAGGAGCUGCCCGGCCUCUUCCUCGCGGGGCCCGAGAUGAACCUCAGCCGCCUCUGCGAGCUCAUCACCUUCGUGCUCAACCACACCACCGCCGGGCCCGACGCGGGCCUCUUUGACCGGACCCUCCGGCUGCAGAUGCAGUCCCUGGAGAAGAUCAGCCGCCCCAUGAUUUUGGCCCCCCUCAUCGGGAUCGUCAUCAACCUUGCGGCCGCCCCUACGCGCGUGCGGGGGCUGCAGCACGACAUUGUGCGCGCGCUCGCGGCCGCCGACGCGACGGCCGGGUCGAGCGCCAACUUCGAUUACUUGCUCGAGUUCAACUGGGGGGACGCGUUCAAGGGGGAUCCCUCGCUGCACCGCGUGGCGGAGCUCAAGAGCUUCGUGCGGCGUUACAAGCAGGAACUUGAGGACCUGCGGCAGCGCAAUGCCGACGAGAAGGAUCGAAAAGCUGCCGCCAAAGGCAAGGCUGUGGUUGAUUCUGUUGGGGCCACCGAGGAUGGGGAUCAGAUGGACGAAGACGGGGAGCUUUGUCCCAUAUGCUAUGCGUACGAGGUAGACACAGUGUUUGAGCCGUGCUUGCACGAAUCGUGCAAGCGGUGCAUCUCGCGGCAUUUGCUCAACAACAAACGAUGUUUCUUUUGCAACGCGGAAGUGACCGAGCUAGUAAGCAAAUAG